GGUACGUCAUGAACAAGCACUUGCGUCACCGAAUGACGAAUUCACCACUUUACCACUCAGCUUUUAUUAAUAUCUUUGAUUAGCUGAUAAGGCCUUCAUAAUGACUGAAAUAAGCGAUUUAGAUAGACAAAUUGAGCAGCUCCGGCGAUGCGAGAUCAUCAAGGAGAGUGAAGUGAAGGUGUUGUGUGCUAAAGCCAGGGAAAUUCUUGUUGAGGAAAGCAAUGUCCAGCGAGUGGAUUCUCCAGUCACAGUUUGUGGUGAUAUUCAUGGUCAGUUCUAUGACCUGAAAGAAUUGUUCAAGGUGGGAGGCGAUGUCCCAGACACAAACUACCUCUUCAUGGGUGAUUUCGUCGAUCGGGGAUUUUACAGUGUAGAAACAUUUUUACUUUUAUUAGCAUUAAAGGUUCGUUAUCCAGACAGAAUCACAUUAAUUCGAGGAAAUCAUGAAAGUCGACAAAUUACACAAGUGUAUGGAUUUUAUGACGAAUGUUUGAGGAAGUACGGGUCUAUCACAGUGUGGAGAUAUUGUACAGAAAUAUUUGAUUACCUCAGUUUGUCAGCAAUCAUUGAUGGAAAGAUAUUCUGUGUCCACGGAGGAUUAUCACCGUCAAUCAACACAUUAGAUCAAAUUCGAGCAAUAGACAGAAAACAAGAGGUGCCGCAUGAUGGGCCAAUGUGUGAUCUUCUUUGGUCCGAUCCUGAAGAUACCCAAGGCUGGGGUGUGAGUCCUCGAGGGGCUGGUUACCUCUUUGGAAGUGACGUCGUCGCACAAUUCAACGCUGCUAAUGAUAUUGAUCUGAUUUGUCGAGCGCAUCAGCUGGUCAUGGAAGGCUACAAGUGGCAUUUUAACGAAACUGUACUAACUGUUUGGUCGGCGCCUAAUUAUUGUUACAGAUGCGGAAACGUUGCCGCUAUACUUGAAUUAGACGAACAUUUACAACGGGACUUUACAAUAUUUGAAGCCGCUCCACAGGAAACGCGAGGCAUACCUUCGAAGAAACCUCAAGCUGACUACUUCCUUUGAGGAUUGUGUGUUCAUAAGACAAUAUCAUGCAUUCAAUUCAUUCAUGUGUCACUGUACAGACUUGUAUUAUACUUUCUUUCACAAUUGUUAAGCCUGUAUAAAAUUUCUGAGGUACAGUCAUAGUCACAAUUGCGUAUGUUGCACGAAUACUGUGUUUGGCCACCAUUUAUGUUACCUUCAUGUGAGCUGUGCUAAACUUUAGGCUCCUUUCGCAUAGGAGGAUUGUUGUGUGUUUCACAUUGGUUUCAUGCUACCCUUAACCUUCACGGCAAUAUGCACGCAACCAUUGUCUAAGCUGUUUACAGCACACGCGACACCAGAGCAUAGGUGAUGUGCUGCUUCCGCGAAGCAGAGGGUAUGUCAGUUGUGACUGGGACUGUAGAGUCUUUAUCAGCCUCGCACAUAAUGUUUCAAUAACAUCUGAGAGACAAUGUUCCUGAUAUUUUGUGCUUUUCAAAUGGCUUUGAGAAUGGCGGGACCAAUAAGUUGUUGCUCCCUUGAAUUGUGUCUUGUCACCAAUACAUGGAGGAGCAAUGUCAAGGCAGCUGAAGUGGAUUGCGCACACUUUUUACUUGUUCAUUCAAGGUGCUUUCCAGUUCAAAAUAUGGUACCUUUAAAUUCUUCAGCUACUGCAUCUUAUUAGACACACAAUACACCAAUUGACUGUUCUUUGUGGUACGUAUUUUGAAGUGGACUUUAGAAUGACUGUGGCGUUUGUUAUUAUCAUUAUUUGCUAAGGCAAUAGUUGGGAGUAUUCUGAUGACUGAGGGUAUCACGUGAUACUGUCUAUGGUGUUAUCAGUUCAUGAAAUAUGAGAAGAGUAUGCCAGAUAUCCAGGAUUUCUAACAUCAAGGUGAAGCAUCCAUGUAGUAUUUUGGGCUUUGAACUCAGAACUGUAGAUUCUAUCCUCCACUCUUUAAAAAAUAUGCACUGCAAUUGUAAUAUCACCCCCGGGACACUGCAUCACUUUGUAAUGUUAACUUCUGUACAACUCAACAUUAUGUCGUCAUUUGAUAAUUCAGUAAUGAUGUUGACAUUCCUUAUGCCAGUCAUAGCUGAAGCUGAGUUAUAUACAUGUAUCAGGGCCGAUCGUUUAGUAUGUAAGCAUUGAAGGGGGGGGGGGGGGGUAAACUGGGGGAAUGGAUGUCAAAUAUCAGCAAAUGGUGUGUACCACUACCAAAUGAAGAACACAUUUUUUGAAAUGGUGACUGCAUUUUUACACUACAACAGGAUCAGUGAAAACAUUUGUUGCAUGCUUGGAAUGAAUAAGCGGAUCAGUUAUGUUUUGGUGGUGACUUGGUUGAUCCAAUCCGUUGUCUAAACCUGUUGAUAUUGUUGCCAGAUUGAAUAGAGCGGAAAUACCGCAGGACACUCAGGAUGGAUACUCUGUCAAAAAAUGUCCCAUUUGAGGUUAAAUACUUAAGUUCAUAAAUCUCGUUGUUGGAGGGGGGUCAGGGGUGCAUCAAGUGUGUCUUGUAAAAAUUGUAAGAAUGUAGCAAAGUCUGCCAAUAGAUUGACUGAUGAUCAAAUGUUUGCUGUGCACCAUGGAAUGGACUUGAUCAAACUGCAAUCAAGUACUUUUAUGUAGUGUAAUUUUAAUAAAAUUUAUUCAGAA